GUGGAGGGGAUGAGAGGAAACUUCUUCUUACUGCCUGCCAGCUUGCCGCUGCCUGCCUUCUCACUGGUUUGUUGUUUUUGGACAACGUCCGAUCAGCUAGCAGCUGCAGUAGAGUUCUACCACCUUUUUAAUCGAGCUUAGAAGUGGUGUCCCGAGUGUGGUGUUCCUAACAAGUGGUCGUGGUGCUCUGUGUUGUCGUGCAAGUGUGUGUGUGUAAACACUGACGCUUUCGUGUGUCAGGUUCUGUAGAGUAGUAUUAUUUUCAUUUCGGAGACAUCGUUAGGUUCUGUAUUAAUAUCAUUUCAGACAUAUUGUUGGGUCCUGUAGAGUGGCAUUAUUAUCAUUUUGGAAACUUCGUCUGCUUUCAACUUGAACGACAGCCUGCACCUUAUAGGACACGCAGCGAUGUGGUUCCUACAAUAGUGAUUGGCGCGGAAUGCAGCGGUGCCCCUACCUUCACGAAAUGAAAGAGCGUCUACUCUCAAGUCAAGGAGGUAAUGGUGCAGACCCCAUGCUACUCGAAGCCAUGGACAGAGAAAUACUAGAAAUUCAUCAGGGGAACGAUCCCACCGGCGUUGGCACAAUUGUCAAGUUGAACUCCGACGGAUAUGGGUCACAUACUUCCCCAGCUCAUCACCACAGUUGCCUACCUACCAGUCAUGAUGAACUGCAUUAUCGACCAAAAAACGCAAAGACGUCUCUUUUCAUCAUAAUGAGUUUCAUCUAUGCAAAACUCCUGGUUGUAAUAUGCAUUGCAUACGUUGUCUCCGAGGUUGUAACGCACAAUUUACCCGUUGUUUACUACGAGGGAUUUUUCACAUAUCUAUAUGGAGUUAGCAUAUUAUUCCUGCUCUACGUCUUCUGCUUCCUUCUGCAAGAAAGUACCUGCUGCCAAGGCGGUGAACCAAAGCCGAAAAAGCCAAAGAAGCAGAAAGAAAAGGUAGACAAGAAGAAGGAGGAGAAGGAGAAGGCUAAAGAGAAGGAGAAGGAGAAUAAGAAGAACAAGAAGAAGGAGAAAGAGACGAAGAAAGAGGCCGCUAAGACAGAGACAGCUGGUGAGACUCCGCCAAAUCCACCGAGUCAGGGAAACAAAAAUAAGAAUAUUUUCCAGAACGACGGCUACCCACGUAAAAUGAAGGACUUGAUGCGAAUGCAGUCAUCAACCGAGGACGACACGAGUCCACCGGCGGGCAUGGGAACUCUGAAGAAGAACAAGGGUGCCGACAGUCCGACCCAGGAGAAGUUGUCAGCGCAGGCAGCGGCAGAGUCCAUUGAUCAGAUAGAAGCUGGACCCACUCCGUCCACACCGCGCAAGCGCAAGACAUCGCAGAACAGCCACAGUCACGGCAGCUUCUUUCUACGAGUCGGAGCUAUCGCUUUCGGUCUGGCCACAAUGAUCUACAAUGGUCUGGAGUUCGGUGCAUUCUUUGAAAUUCCCUUCUCAUCUCCCUGCUACCAAGUGCUGCGUGGAGUCAACCCCGUUCUCCAAAUGGUUUUCACAUUUAUGCAGAUGUACUUCAUCUUUAUGAAUUCCAGGCUGAACAUCCACCGAUUCAAAGUGAUUGCAAGAUUCGGAUUAAUGCACAUUGUUGCCACCAAUCUGUGUGUUUGGAUUCGAACUCUGGUUCUGGAGAGUCUGAAAGAGAUCACCGGAUAUCUACAGAAGAAUAACAGCACCCUGCAACGCAUCUUCCCAACCAGCUCUGUUGUGCAGAACCUCAAUCAUGAGUUCUCAAUUCUAGAAAGCAUCCGCGACCGCGCUGUGGCCGAUUCGGGGGCUGGUGCUGGCAACUCGCGGCCGCUGCCCGAACUAGCGACACCUUUGAGCACUCGCACUCCGCUCACCACACUCGCCCAACUCGUGCAGACAACAGCUCGCUCGGCCGCCGUCACCACCAAACGUCUCGUCAAUGACGUCAUCACCACAACCACCACCGCCGCAACUCCCUCAACCACCCCCUACCACACCACUCCCCCCUCCACCGCUCUGCCGACCACCGUGCCAACCACCACCACUACUACCACAACAACCACCACCUCUACCACGCCCAAGUAUCUCUUUGAACAGCUGGCUGACUACUCGUCCAAGUGGUCCACAAGCAAGCCACAAGUGUUCUGGGACGACAUAACUGGGGACUCGCCGCUGGCUCCCGUGGCCUCGGCCCUCGUCAGCUCGAAUGGCACCAACAUCGACCCGGAGACAUGCGGCCGCGUCAACAUCAUGGGCAACAUUGUGCAGGACUCGGCUCCCUACCUCUUUCCCUUCAUCAUCGAGUACAGCCUCAUUGGCGCCGCUGUCAUCUAUGUCAUGUGGAGGCACAUUGGACGCAAUCCAAGAUACCACGGUGAAGAAGACUUGGAACAGCGUUUGGAGGUUAUUUUGUCGCGUCGCGCUGUAGCUAUGGCGCAUGCGCACAACGGCCGAAUGGACUGCGUCGGCGCCAGCAAAGGACUGUUCUUCGGACUUCUGCUUUUGGUCGGAUCGCUCAUCUGUCUAAUUCUGUUUUUCGUACUGAUUCAUCAUCCACAACUUGGAUUGCUGGCAAUCUAUCUGGCUGACGUUUCUCAUUGCACUCUGAUGGGUCUCAGUAUAAUUGCUAUUAUAAUCGGUUUCAUAAGGGUUCAGAAUCUGAAGUUCAGAGCCGAGGAACAGAGUGACCUGAAUGACAUCCUUCUGCGUGUGUCGGCGUUUGGUCUGUUCGUCUACGCUGUGUUCAGCAUCAUUGCCGGGUCGCUCACGGCUAUGACCAGUGAACCCAAUCUGCUCGUCAUGAUUACUGGAAUACUGUCUGUGCUACAGGUGGUGUUGCAACUGUUGUUCAUUGCCGACAUAGCUAGACGCCGAGUCCACCUGCCGGAACACGACCGCUCCAAGCCGGGCAGACAGGUUGUCACUUUCCUGCUCAUCUGCAACGUCACCAUGUGGAUCAUCUACACCUUCGAGACUCAGAAGGUCAUUGCCAAUCCAGUGCAGCUGGACUUCUAUGGAUUCCUGGCCUGGGCCAUGGUGCAGCGUGUCACCCUUCCUCUGUGCAUCUUCCAUCGCUUCCAUUCGGCCGUCACAUUAGCCGAAAUUUGGAAAACAAGUUACAAACCGCGACUCGAUUAAACAACUCAACCAACAUUAUAGAAACAACAACAUUUCAAAACAAAUCCUUCCCUAAAAGGGGAGUUACAGUUCACUAGAUGUUCUGUUGCGAAGCUUUGCUUGUCAAUUUCUACUAAUUGUACUGUAAUAUUGUGAAAUUGUGUUUAUAUCAAUGUGUAUUAUGGAAUAUCAGAAAUUUAUCCAUUAUAUUGCUCAAACUUUGUUCUACGAUAUUUUUUGUUCAUUUUUGAACACUCGGGUUCAAAAUUUGUGUACAGGGGACCACGGAAGUCAACUGAUUUUCAUUCUUAGUACAGAAGUCGGGGUUUUAUUAUGUGUACGAAUUGAGAAAACUGAUUGGAACAAAAUGUGUUCAUUCAUGGACAUAAAUCAAUUAUGCAAAGCAUUUCACUACUAUAUAAAACAUCUAUUUUCACCGAAUAAGUAGGCCUACUGCAUUCAACCAAUCAACUGUAACCUAGCUGAUGAAAUCAGUUUUUUAAACUAGCAAGAUUGUGAUCAUGAGUAGUUGAGGAUGAUGUAAUCUUUAUAAAGAUCUUGAAUUAGAUUUUUUUGUAAAAUUAAAAACUGUGCUCCAAAUAUCUUUUUGUCUGGAGCAUCUUUGAUCAGUGGAAUGUUGAAAAUUCAAGAAAUUAUUCUUUUUGCAAAAACUUGAAUGAAGAAAAUUUUGAAUUUUUGUAACAUACUAUCAUCAAUCCACAAUCACAUCUCAUAUAAUGAGUUGUAAGUUUUGUUUAUUUUUAAUGAAGUGACGAAAAUAUAAAAGAAAUCUGUUAUUCUACAUAGAUUUUAUUUUUUAAUGCUGCAUCUAAUUAGUAAAAUAAGAGAAUUGACAAUUGAAACAUGAUCAAAAAUAAUUUAUCUAGAUGAAUAAUACCUCUUUAACAUUUAUGGAAAAAGAAGAUCUUGAGAAAUAAUACAGCACUUAUUAAAAAAUUCAAUACAAUUAUCAAUCUGAAAAGGAAUUAUCAUGAUAUAAAACAGAAUUUUAAAAACAUACAAUUAAGUAAAAUAAUAUGAGUUUCAUAUAAACCUGAGCAUUUGACGCUUGUCCCACCUCCCUGAGAGGGGUCAGAGGGGCAAGUGGUUGGACACUGGCGAUGCAGCAUGUGUGUCUGACCACUCCUACCACGAAAGGUUUAUUUACUUUUUAUCCACAUUUUUCCUAUGUUAUUCUUUCCACUUCUGAAGAAGAUCACGACUGGUUUGUUUUACUUUAGGGAUGUCAGCUUGCGAAUCUUCUUGGUUUUCUUUAAAAUCUUCAGUAUAGUUUCUUCUCUGGUCUAAGAAGUUUUGGUGUUUACUCUUUCGCCGUUCAACUCGAUCUUCCCUUCUAACGUCUUUAUAAUCUUGAAUUUUUGGAUUAAAUUUGUAAACUUCUCGACGAUCCAUUUUGUACUACUAACAUUAUAUCACAAACCUCACGAAACAGUAACUUAAAUGAUCAGUUUCAGACUUUUCACCUAACUACAGGCUGCAAUCAAAGUUUUGAACUAUCGACUUAUAGUCUAAAAUGACUGAAUAUUGCAGACUAUUAGCAUUAUUGCUGUUUUAAAAAACAAAACAAAUUAAAAUAAACAAAAGGAUAAGAAACUGCAAACUGCAUCCUUCGCCAAACAGCAAACUGAGCAAACAGCAAACCGAGCAAACACGACCAAACGUGACGUGACGCCUACAAUGUGGCUUUUUUCGGAUUGGUUUCUACGGUUUUUUUUGUAUAGAAUUUACAAACCUUGAAAGCUGGAGCAAAAAAAACUCUUACUCCAAAAAACUAAGGCCUACUUAUUAGAUGAGAUGAAUAGUAUACAGGCUAAUAAUAAAUAAAUAACAAAAAAACUCCACCAACAAAACUAAAGUAAGCUACUAAACAACAAAACUGAACUUUAAAUGCCGGGAACAUCAUACAGACAUAGACUACUGCUUUGUGCCUGCUUGCAUAUGCAUACACGAAUGAACACCUAUUAAUUUAAUUCCAGCUACUUUGUAGGUGAAUUUGGAUGUGAAAGAAAUAUUUUCAUCUUCAUCGACUAAACAAAAUAGUCUCAUGAUUUUAUCACUUAUUGAAUUCUGUACAUUUUCGAAUCGUUCAAUUAUUUUGGCAAAAUUUUAAAUUAGAGCUUGGUGUUUUAUGAGUCACUAUAAACUGUCAUAAGUAUUAGCUUUAUCUAGUGAAUCAAGCAUAGCUGUUAAGUCAAUAGAAUGUGUCCAGUGUCCUCAUGUUUUUAGCGUUUCCAGAUGCUUUUUAGUAGUACUAAUACAUUCAAAAAUGUUGUAAACAAACAUCUUUUCAAUAUUGAUAAAAAUAUAUUUUUACAAUAGGGUUAAGUGAUUAAAUUCAAUUCUGAACUUUCUGAACAAAUCAAAAAAAUAUUGAUGUGCGCAUAAUAGCCUAUUUAACUACUAGACGUAUUCUCUUAUGGCAUUGUUGGAUCAUAUUUUGAUAAUGCCAUAUUAUUAUAUUGACAGUAUUAUAUUAGUCAGUGAUGUACAGUUAAUGUGAUUUGAAAGCAUUGCCAACUAUUCGAUAAUUAAUAAAUUGUUCAAUCAUAAAGAAGCAAAAAUAUUUAACAAGCAUAAACAUAAGCAUCAACCCCCAAGUAAUCAAUGACCAAUAUUUAUUCCACGAGAAAAUCAUAACCGUUUCAGCGUGUAUUGUAUAAAAUAUACCUGAUCCUCAGGAGCCCAUAUUGUAAAUAUUUCUGUCUUCUAGUCAGACAUUCACUUUCAGAAUAUUGUUUGUACAUAUUUAAGUAGUGAUAUUUUACAACUUAUAACCAGAGAGAUUUAUAUGAUUACCUAUAUUUUGUCUAGAGUUUCCCGUUCUUAAGAUUCGUUUCUUACUAGAACGUGACCCGUCAUGAAUUAUACGCUAAAGUUUAUUUCUUCGAUGAACUUCAAGCCAUAAAAUAGGAACUAUGAGUGUAAUAUACUGAUUAAUUCUGUAUUAUAGAUAGAUUUAGUUUUUAAUCUUUAUACCACAAGAGAAAGUUAAUUUAUUGGAAGAUUCUGUGUUGCAUGAGUGAGGUAAUUAUUUUAUGGGUUUUUUGUAGACCUUUUAGCAUCUUGAUUAAGAGUUAGUAUUUUCUAAGGAUGUCUCCAUUAUUAUUCAAUGUGAAAUGUUCAUUGUUGGCUUGUUUGAAUUGACUUUUAAUCGUAUACAGCGUAUGUUGUUCAUUGAGAAAUUUUAUUUUAUAAAAGGAUUGUAAGGAUAAUAUUAUUGAUUAACAUAAAUACCAGAAUAGCGUCUGAAGAAAAUUUUAAUAUAAUCUAUCUUCUCUGUGUAAAAUUAACUGUAUGUGUUAGAGUUAUGGUCAGAAUCGAGCAAAACGAAAAAAUCGGAUAGAUUUUUCCAAAUACCUAGAUGGAAAUAAUAGAUCAGGGAGGUGUUUUAAUAUGAAAAUUUCUCAUUAAGAUUGGAAGAAACCUACCAACUAUAUAAAUAACUCAAUAUAACAGAGAUCGAUAAAGAUUGUAAUUUGUAUUACAGUAAACUUGAUAUCCGCAGUAAACAGCAAUGACUGUUAUUAUGAAGAGUACAUUGGAAAACACGAACAAAUACUUUUGAGGUUUACUUAUUAUUGUCUAAAUGAUUGAUAGAUCUGAAAAAGCCAAUGAGUGAAGUUUAGGUUGUCACACAUAUCUAGCCUUUAAAUAAGAAAAUCCCUUCUCUUCACGCUGAUGCUGUGUUAUGGCUGAAGUAUGCUAGAUUUUUUAUAAUUCUAUUACUGGAUAACUCCACUAGUUUUGGUUGAUCUAGUUAUAGAUUUAGUCGUAGUGUGGAAAUUCGGAGUUCAGGGAUAAUUUUCCACUAAACCUACAUCAUAGAGAAAAUAAAAACGAGUAUUGUUAUAUUAUAUGCUACACGAUUGUUCUACAUACAGAUAUAAUGUAAUGUUCUAUUAUCACUGAUAUAUGAUAGCAAAACUGGUUAUCAGGACCAUAAACAUUCCAGUCUUGAACUUUGUUUUUGAAAAGUCCUAUUAUAAUACGUAGGUUUUCUUGAAUGGCAUUUGCGUUGGAAUUUCCUUAGAGGAACAAUGGUGUAUUGGUACGUAGUAAAAUUGUUUAAAAUCUAUGCAGCUUCUAUUGGCUAAAUUGUAAAUUUAUAUGAGUUUUGAUAUCAAACUAUUUGUUUUUCAUAAAUUUAUACUUCUUAAUAACGCAUUUGUACACCUUAAAAUCAUAACAUAAACUACGGAUAUUAAACUUUUUGAUCAAUCUUAUAGUUUUAAAUAUAUAAAUAUUAGUUAGUUGGAAUACUGUUAUGAGUGAACGUUCACUUAGAUUGUCCCUCACUGCCAAAUAAAUAUUUAAGGUGAUUAGCGUUCUACUGUGUCUUUUGACUAACAAUACAAUUAAUUAUAAAAUCAUCAAUUUCUUAUCGUAGGAAAUUUACCUAUUCGUAGGAUACCUAUUCGAUUCAUUAGUCUUGCCACUGACUUAAAAUUGAGAUACUUUGGAGAAGAAUUUAUUAUUCAAUCAAAGUAUGUUAAUGUUUUAUUAUGUUCUUUGAAAAAAAUAAAUUAUGAGAGUUUAAUAAAUUAUUCUAUCAAUUGGAAAUGCAUCUAAACCAAAGUACUAGUAUAAUGAUGUUUUUUAACUUAGUUUGUUGAGCAUAAUUUUAAAAUUUCAUUCCAGAAAGUCAGUGAUAUUAUAGAUGCUUAAUAAUGAUUAUUUUCUCUUGGAAAAAAGAUCAGAUAAUUAUAUUGAUUGGCAUUUUCACGAACCACAAAAUGAUAUUGGAUGAAAAAGAGGCAUUCAAGCAUUUCCAGCCUACAUUUAUUCUUGAAUAUUUGAAGUACCUAGAUGUUUUAAAUACAAACUAUUUGAUUAAGUCGUUCUUCCUUAUUUCCCAUGGUUCAAUUGGUUCAAAUGGUUCAACUUUGAAAUUGUUGUAUUACGAAAAUAUAUAGUUAGGACAUAAGUUAAAAUCUCAAUUCCUAAUCAAGUCACGGAGAACAGAUUGAACUAGAAAUCAAAGAGUAUUGUAAAUUGUUUAUGAUUACGGUAUUGCAAUCUCUUUUGUUUCAAGAGAUAUGAUUUAUUGCUUAGCUAACAUAAUGCAAAAUCGAGGGAUAGUAUUUCUUCUUUGAUACAACUUACGAUCUAUUAACCAAUUGAAGUAAUGCAUUUAAGCUUAUUAAAGCACAAAUUUUCAAUAAAUGGCCAACAUGUAAAGACACACUAAAGCAGUACAAAAAUUUGGAUCUUCUCAAUCAAGUAAUUUAUUAUUCAUGAACAUUGUGACAGAAUUUUUGUACAAUAAAUAUUUAUCAAUUUUAUAAUUGGCUCAUUUUGUAAUAAAUUAACUAAACUGUUAGCUCGUUUAUGAUCUGAAAUAGAAUUCUCCAAGUCUUCAAUCCCUUCAAACAGGAUUGAACAUUAUAAAUGAAUAAUAAUUAAUGUUUAGAAUAAGACUGUGUUAAAACAUUACAUUUACAAAUUAUAAAAUUAGAGUUAUAGAUAUAGAUGAGAAUAAGUAUUCGUUUUGUAAUAAUUCUACAUGUUUAAACUACUAUUGUAAAUUAAAAUUAUGAGAAACAAUUUCCAUUCUAACUGUUGUAAUGAAUUCUUCAAGUGGAACUCAUUUUUGGAAUUAUAUUACACUGUUGGCUAUUAACGAAUUUGUUUUGAUCUUGUGCAUGUUUUAUACAUGGUCGAUUUGACCAUUUUAAUAAUUAUUUCAUGAUUUUUACUUGUAACGAUGAUUAAUUGUGAAUAUAUAAUAUGGUAUUAAAUAACUUUUUUAUGUU